AUGAAUAACACAGCUCUGGAAGAGGCGCUGAACGAUGUCCUUAAGGGUCAGUACUUGGCAGCACUGCAAUCAGAGCCAGCUAAAAGGCUGCUUAGGUCAGCAGUGCAAAGCAGGCCACAAGGCGACACGGAGCUCGAUGCAGAUUCAUUCUUCCAAGCGCUUGCCGCCUCGGUCAAUGACACACAGGAUGAGAGGGCAUCUGGUACUCAGCUCCUUGUCGCAGUGGCGGCAUUGCUGGUUUUCCUGCAAGCCAAUCUUACAGGGCCGAUAAAUGAGAAAGUUCCCGAGACUGUGGCGGACCUUGCAAGCGGGGCUGACUUGGGGCAUGAGACGCCAGCUCAGCAGCGCCCUUUGGGCACAGAGACCGUCUCACCAGGUGACAGGUGGGCAGUGGCUCAGCUGAGUGCGAGCGGAGAGGAUGUGGUUGGCCACUUGAAAAAGCCGCAGUAUCUUCUGCUUGCCAGGACCCUGCUUCUGCCCCCGCUUGGGCUGGAGUCCACGGAGGGAGGCACCGACGAAACAGAAGCUUCCGGCGCAGCUCCCGGGCAGCUUCAGGGAGCGGGCAGCAUCGGCGCGCCCAACGGGCACAGCGGGCAGCUGCAGCGGCCGCUGCCGUGGCUGUGGUGGGCCGCGCGCGUUCUGGCGGUGCAGCAGAGGGUGUUAUCGGGGCCUGCCGCCAGCCUGCAGUCCGGCCUCUCCCAGCUCAUGCCUCAGGCGAGUGUGAUUGAUGGGCUACAAGCAGAGAAGCUGCCGGGCGAGAUGCAUGCAGCAGCUUCCCGGCUGGAGGCAGCUGCGCACCUGGAGGCAGGUGCCCGAGAUCACGAUGUGGGCCGCGUCGCUGACGCCGAAGGGCACCUGGAAGCUGCCGGGAAGCUUCUUGGCACCGAAGUGGAGGUCACUGGUGCGAUGGGGGUGAGAACGGUGCACCAGAAGGACGCGUGGGCGCAGCUGGUGGUGAAGGCCAUUUGCUCAUCGGUGACUACCGACGACUCUGCACCCGAUGACUCAGCGGCUGACAGCGGCGACGAGGCGGAGUGGCUCGACGCGGCGGCGGCCGGCAGCUUAGUCAGCGGCGAGGGCGGCGCCAGUUCAGGCGAGGCGCAGCGCAGCGCGCAGCAGAAUGUGCGCAGCGUGGAGAUGCAGGGCCUCAGCAGCGAUUCGGACGUGCUGCCUGUGCCCCGCUUCGUCAAUGCAGAAGGCGGGGAGGAGGCGGGCAGCCGGCUGGGCAGCGGGCAGCAGGCGCUCCUGCUGGGCCGAGCGCAGGCCGUGCACCGGGGCACGGCGGCCGACGAGCUGCGCGCAUGGCGCAUGGCACCUUAUAUCGACGCCGUGCUGCAGCAAGAAAGGUCCCGGUAUCUCCUGCGCUCCUCUGCGCGCCUGCUGCGGGCGCGGCACGAGAGGGAACGCAACAGGACGCGCGAGCGCGCACUGUUGUCGCUGCAGCAGGUUGUGGAAGCCACCGAGCAGCAGCUCCCAGCGCCCAGCCACCGCAUGAGGCACGCCUUCAGCGUGAGAUUUCCGAUGGGCCCAUCACUGCGCAAGGAGUUGGGCGAGCAGCUGAUAGCGGCGGGACUGGUGGGCAGUGCGAUGGAUCUGUUUGAGGAGCUGGAGCUCUGGGACGCACUCAUCCUGUGCUACCGGCUGCUGGAGAAGAACGUUCAGGCUGAGGAGCUUGUGCACCGGCGGCUCGAGGUGACGGCGGACGAUGCGCGGCUGUGGUGUGCUCUGGGGGACCUUACCCUAAAAGAGGAGCACUAUGAGACGGCCUGGCAGCGGUCCAGUCACCGCAGCGUCCGUGCACAACGUUCCCUCGCACGCAGCGCGCAGCGUGAGAAAAACUACGAGAAGGCGGCAAGUCACUGGGAGCUGGCACUGGCGGUGAAUCCGCUGCACUCGGAGGGCUGGUUUGCGCUCGGCUACUGCUGCAUAAAGGCGAGCAACUUCGGCCGCGCGCUGCAGGCGUUCAGCCGCGCCGCGCAGCAGGAGCCGGAGAAUGGCGAUGCCUGGAACAACCUGGCAGCCAUCCACCUGCAGGAGCGGCGCUACAAGGAGGCAUUCUCUGCGCUGAGCGAGGCGGUGAAGUACAAGCGCGAGAGCUGGCAGACCUGGGCCAACUACGCGCAUGCCGCCGUUCAAACCAGCAACUUCCUGCAAGCAGCCCGCGGCGUCAACCAGGUGAUAGCGUUCUCUCAGGGGCAGCGGAGGGAGGAGGAUCUUUUACGGGCGCUGGUGGAUGCCGUCACGGGCGCGCGCGAAGCAGCCGGCACUCUGGGCCAGGAGCUGCCAGGCGGCAGGCGGGACCCAGACACGCAGCUGGAGAGGGCGGUCGGAGAGGCGCUGAAACAGGCGAGCGCUGCAGCCUCAGGGGCUGGCGGCCUAGUUUGGGAUUUGUGCGCGGAUUACUACGCGGCCACCGGCUUUCCCGCUAGCGCGCGCGAAGCCGCCCUGAAGCAGGUGAGGGCGCUGCAGGGCUCUGGAUGGCAGAAGAGCGAGGGCCAUUUUAGCGCCUAUUCAGGCGCUGUGGCUAAGUAUGCCAGGUGGCAGCUGGAGGGGGUUCGCCAGGGGGACCUGCAGCCUAGAGAAAUCUCUUCAGUGCGCAUGCUGCUGCGCGGCGCCAUCAAACAGGCUAUGGAGCGCUUUGAGGAGACCCCAAAGUAUGCGCAGCUCACUGCAAUUCUCAAGGAGGUUGAGGACAUUGAGAAGGGAACUUGA